CCUGACGCCGAGGGAGUUUCCUGAUAGGCUGAACUCCGGGAUUAAAAAACAAAACUUCUGCCGAUAAAUAGGCGUUACAAGGAUCUCGUGAUAGCACGAAAUAAAAGGUCCGAGGCAGUUAUCGGUGUAGCUCCGCGAGCCGACGAAAGCACACGAGAAGGGUCACAAAACACACCCAAACAAACAUGGAUGUCCGGACUGGCUUAAUCGUUGUGUUCUGCUUGAUUGGACUCACCUGUGCCAAUCCGGUGAAAUUCUUUGACUGCGGCUCAACUUCUGGCAAAGUGUCCAUGGUGGACAUUGACCCAUGUGCCAGUCAGCCAUGCCAGCUGCACAAAGGACAGUCCUAUAGUGUCAAUGUGACAUUUAAUAGUGCUGUGGCGAGCCAGACGAGCAAGGCUUUGGUUCACGGCAUUAUUGCUGGAGUUCCCAUCCCCUUCCCUAUUCCCAAGGAUGAUGGCUGCCAAUCUGGAAUCCAGUGUCCCAUCCAGAAGCAGCAGAGCUAUCACUAUUUGAACUCCCUUCCUGUAAAGACUGAGUAUCCAGCUAUAAAGCUGACUGUGGAGUGGGAACUGAGAGACGAUGAAAACAAAGACUUGUUCUGCAUCAAGUUUCCAGUUCAGAUUGUGAGCUAAACUAGCAACAUUACCUCAGACUUGCAAGUGUUCUUUUUGUUUUGUGUUUUUUAAAAGGGACUCAACUUUGAGUAAAAAUCUAAGGAAUGGAAAUGACUUUAAUCAAGAUCUCAUUUUAAUAAUUCACCCAAAUUAUUUUUAAGAUGUACGUCUUUCAAUAGCUUGCAAGACUUUGCGCACACCUUAAAUUCUACUGAUAUUUGCUGCGAUCUUCCUAACAGUUUUGGGAGUUGUGGCAUGGUUUGUGUGAAUUACUGGAAUACAUUCCCCUACAGUGCAAAUGUCUUGUCUGACUUACUGGCUGCUGUGUAGUCAGAAAAUUACAUACAGUGUUUUUUGUUUUUUUUUUGCGUAAAAUUUUGUAAUAUUUCUUACUGACUGUGCACUACUGUAAGACAUACAGGCUUGAAUAUGAAAAUGAAAUUCUAAUAAAAUAAAUCUAUGUACCCACA